AUGACCACUUCCAUCACCAUUCCCUCUGCAUGCGACUUUCAUAUUCACCUUCGUCAAGGCGAUAUGAUGCGUAUGGUCACUCCUAAAGUAGAAGAAGGUGGUGUUUCACUUGCAUAUGUCAUGCCUAAUUUACAACCACCCAUCAAAACAACAGAUCAGGCACUUGCUUAUAAGGCUGAACUAGAAGCACUUGCACCCAACGUUACAUUCUACAUGACAUUAUACCUGUCACCUGAAUUGACAGUUGAAGAGGUUCGAAAGGCUGCCAAGGCAGGAAUCGCAGGUGUAAAAUCUUACCCUCGUGGUGUGACUACAAAUAGUGAAAAUGGCAUUGAAUCCUAUGAGUUAUAUUACCCUGUUUUCAAGGCAAUGGAAGAGGAAGGACUCGUUCUUAACCUGCAUGGCGAAAUUCCCAGUGAUACUGCAAAGGAUAUUUGUGUGAUGAACGCGGAAGAAAGAUUCUUGCCAGAGCUUGAAAAGAUUCACAAAGCCUUUCCUAAAUUAAAGAUCGUUUUGGAACAUGCUACGUCCAAGGCUGCCGUUGAAAUGGUCAAAAGAUUGGGUGAUACCGUCGCUUGUUCCAUCACCGUUCACCACUUGCAGUUGAUUGUUGAUGAUUGGGCAGGUCAGGCUCAUCAUUUCUGUAAGCCUGUUGCCAAGUACCCUCAUGAUAGAGAUGCAUUGAGAGACGUCGUCAAAUCAGGUCAUCCUCGUUUCUUCCUUGGUACAGACUCUGCUCCACAUCCCAUUGCUACCAAGGAAGGUCCACGCUCAAAUGCUGGUGUGUUUACAACUCCCCUUGUCCUUCCUUACCUUGCCAAGAUUUUUGAAGAAAUUGGCUGUCUUGAAAGACUCGAAAAUUUCGCUUGUCAUUACGGUAGACAAUUCUAUGGUUUGUCUCAAAAGGCUGGUUUUGAAGAUAAGAAAGUCACUCUGGUCAAAGAAGACAAUAUUGUCGUUCCUCAGCAUUAUCAAAUCUCUACUGCUAAUGCCGAAUUGGGUGUUGUCGUACCUUUUUAUGCAAACAAAAACAUUGGAUGGAAGAUUGCGUCCAAUUUUGUUUAA